AUGAGCAAAAAGUUCAAGUCGCAGGCCUCAAGCAGUCGCGCAGCUGCCGGCGCUUUUGGCAGCUUUGGAGGAUUUUCGAAUGCACUUGAUAGUGAUGGCCGUGAAUCUUCAGCACUCACAUACAUCACAGAGCCACCAGAUCUCUCUCGGAUCUCGGAUCAGCGCGUAGUGAUCGCGUACAAGAACUUAUUGAAGAAAGAUGAGACCACUCGCACGAAGGCCUUAGAUGAGCUCAAGGACUUUAUCGGAUCUGUGGAAGCUCGAAAAGGCACUUUAGACGAUGGAUUCUUGGAAGCUUGGGUCAAAGUUUACCCACGAGCUUCUAUCGACCUGUCACGAAGAGUCCGGCAACUAGCCCACACUAUUAUGGGUUUAGUUGCAGGACUUGUUGGGAAGCGAAUUGCACCAUUCAUUCCUAAGGUUGUUGGAGCUUGGCUGGCUGGACUCUAUGAUAGUGACCGUCCAGUUCAUCGUUCGGCCCUGGACUCCUUGACCAUUGUCUUUUCCACGGAAGCAAAAAGAAGUAACCUCUGGAAGUUCUAUCAAAAGGCUAUUCUAGACUUUGUUGAGGAUGUUCUUCUUCACCAGACAUCAUCCACUUUAAGUGAUGAACGGACAGUCAAGUCUGAUGACGCAAAGGCUAAGUAUGCGCGAGUUGUCGGCGCUGGCCUCUUGCUGUUCAAUCGAAUCCUAGGAAAUUCCUCCGACGAAGAGCUCCAGAAGAACGCUGCGGAGAUUGGAAUUUUGCUUGGAAACAAGGCAUUGUGGGCCUUUUGCGCCCAUGAAGAUCCUUUUGUGCGUCGUUCUGCAUACAUUCUCCUACGGUCAGCUGUAUCUCGCGAGCCCGCCUGGAUUGACUGGCAGGUCUUGAGUUCCUGUGUCAUUGCAAAGUCGCUCUCAAUUGCUCAGUUGGGGUCCGCUUCUGAGCUUUCGGAGUCCCUCCUUUUGUUAACAUCUUCACGACCACAAGUCUGGACUGACGAUUAUUCUGGCAAAACCUCGGCGUCGAAGAGAUUACGCCAGUACAUUCAGAGGGGAUCACAAGGAGGUCACGCGAGCUUCUGGUCAAAUCUUGACCAGAUAAUUCGUACUGUGCCCCACAGUAUACUUGCUGGAGCUGACAAGACGACAGCGGACGAAAUGGUGACAAUUGCUAGUGCAUCGAUUUUGACCGAGACUCUCCGAGAUGGCCUCACUUCUCGAGAAGAGCCCAGGCAGAAUCUUCAUGUGGGCUGGAAAACAUACGUGAAAAUUGCGAGCUGGCUUUUGACCAUUUUACCUCAGAAUGAAGGUCAUGAAUUUAUCGAGACUCAACUCUUUCCGCUGGUGGCAUACUAUGUACAACCUAGUCAUGAGAAGUCGAAAUGGAGUCUUCCGCCCCAGUUUGGAAAGGAAAUCUGUGUGGAAUGCAUCACCUCGGUCGUUUCAAACGGAUUCAAUGAAGAUCUUGAGAAAUUCUGGGCGACUCUGUCAGAUAACCUGCUCACGGCUGUGAAGGUGUCAGCUCCUGAGCAAUCAAAGGAUUUCAAAGCAUCCCAGGAUUCAAUCAGCUCCCAAGCUAUGCGACAGUUGUCUCUUGUCUCUGCCGUCCUUCCAACUUUGAACAACAACGAUCUUCAACUUCAGGCACAGAACGCCUUCGACAAGGCGACCCGUUCUCUUCUUGAAGGCAGCAUUCAAGUUCUCUGUGCUCGCAAUGGUAAACCGUACAGCGCCGCUGGCGUGGUCGAAGAGUGUGUCAAAAACCAAGGAUAUUUGGUCAAGACUUCACCGGCCUUUUUGAACUUCAUCCAAAAAGACGCACCUGAGCUUCUAUUCUCGCCAUCAGGCGGACGACUUAUUGCAAUCAUCUUAGCUUGCAAGGAGUGGGAUGAUUUUUCUUCGACUUUUGAGAAUGUUGUUGAGAAAGCGAUGGAACUCGAGCCUGAGCAAGCAAAUGCAGUAGUCCUUCAGAGCUUACUGUCGAGCCUGGAUUUCAAUGAGAUUGAAAACGCGGACAAGCUUUCUUCGCUGAUGAUGAAAGCUGUGGAUAGGGCUUUAGACAGCAGUGAUUUGCAUUGGUCAUUCGUCAUUGCGGCUCUUCAGAACAAAACAUCAAAAGGUCAGCUGAGAGACCGAAUUCUCUUGAGGCUUCUUGACGCGCUUUCGGAAGAUCAGACUGUCCUCAGUGGCUUGCACGGCUUUUACCGCCUCGGAGAAGCAGUUCCAUCUGCAAUUCGUGAGCUUCAGACCGGAGAAAAUGGCUCAAAACUCUCAGCAAAGUUGCUCUACCUGGCCGAGUCUCCAUCAGAGGACGUUGCAAGCUUGGCGGAGUCGCUCAUCCAGGCUUUCAAGGACAAAGUUGUUGGUGAGACAAGCGCAAAGUCAAAGAUUGAAAUCCUUCAGAAUGAGUUUACCCAAGUCAGCGGGGAGUCUUUGUCCAUUGAGUCUCUCCUACUGAUCGGCGAGGAGCUGGCACGCGGCUUGAGCUCAGAUGCAGCUAAUGACUCAGCCGACAAUCUCCUCCCCCCUUCGAGCGCGUGGGAGGUUGCUAUGAGACCUUUCUUACUGCUUCCACCACGUCCUUCAUUGGCGCUCACUAGCCCGCUACUUGGUGCUGUCCAUCUGGUCAAUAACGAUGUUUCCGAAUCUUUGUGGUCGUUACAGCUUGCUAUUCCUCGAGAUUCGAAUCACUACUCAGCUGCGUUCCGCCUGGCCAGUUAUUCCAUCCGAGCUCUCUCCUCUUUUGGAAUCUUGCGGCGCCUGUCCGAGAAUCAACUAAAGACUCUUAUUUACUAUGUCCCUUUGGCUGUUCAACUCAUCGACGAUGAUCUGAGCAUAGAGCAUUCAAAUGACAUCUUAGGACUCAAGUCUGCCGACCAGCGCGAGGAUUAUGUGGAUUUAGUCAUUAAGGGACGACAACUGAUCAGUGGCUGGACACACGACAAUCAAACGUUGCUCCUUUCCCAGACGACAGUGUCAUUCUUCGUUACCUCGUUUUGGGAAGGCACGCUCGAGAAUUUGAGCGGAAACACCCCACUCGAAUACCGCGUUGGAGAAGCUUUUACUAAGAUCAUGACGUCCGUGGAAGCGUUGGAGAAUCCCAAACCCGCCGAGGAGGUCGCAAAGAUUUGCCGAGAAGCAAGGACGGCCAACGGUAUUCGCUCAGCGUCAUGGUUUGCGGUUUUACGAAGCUCAAUUCUUUCGAGUACCACAGGGAGCAGAAUUUGCAAUGAGAUGGUUGCCGACUCUACUGGUCUCAAGCCUGAUGAUCCUUCUUCCAAUGGACUGCGAAAACUCGUACUGCUGAACGUUCUUCUGUCUGAAGAUAGCGGAUUCGUGUCCACAAUUCCGACUCAGAGAUUGGUCUUCCUCGCGAAGCACUUGAUCGAGUGCGCGCAAGCGGGCACAAUGUCUCUAGCCUUACGAGCUGAAAUUCUUCGCACCUUGGCACUUAUUAUUCCUGGCCUUGCUGAGCUCUAUGGCUCUCACUGGGAGGAUAGUAUGGAUUUAAUUAGCGGGGUCUUCCGAGAGAUCAAUGGAGGGGAAGAAGGGCUGCCCCUGGUGUUCUCAGCUUUCAAGAUCUUCGCCAACCUCAAGUCGCUGGCGGAUGGAGAGAGCAACGACGACCUCAAGGAUGCUUGGAUGGAGCGAAAGACUGGCCUAUUUAACGAUGUGGCUUCUACCAUCAGCAAGUUCGCCUUCUUAGAUUCCGACACUACUUAUCAUCAACCGCGCGAUGUUGUUGUCGAUCUCUUAGGUCGACUCAUCAAUUCCAUUCCCGUCGACAAGCUUGAAGACGUCAGCGGGGUCUUUGGCCUCUUGACUGCGCAAAGCCGCUCUGUGCAGCGCGCUGCUUAUACUAUCCUUCACAGAUUCAUUCCACAGGCCCAGGAACAAGUUUCUUUUGACGUGGCUUUGUCAAAGACUUCUGUCAGUCUUCCAGAUGAGCUUGUUUCGUUGUUACUUGAGCCUCCGACCGCGCAGACGGUUCAGGACGCUUUCGACAAUGACAAGUCCUGGAUCACCAUCCGGGCCUACCUUUUGAGCUGGAAACUGGUCUUUGAUCACUUUUCACACGCAUCACUACCUGUACGAGAGCACUAUGCUGCCAACAUCAGUGAGAACGAGGUGUUGAUUCCUUUGCUGGAGUUUACAUUCGACUUUCUGCAAAGGUCUCAUGGCAGAAUUGUUGAUGCGUCAAAGUUCAACGUUGCCGACUUCGAAGUGGACCAGUCCGAAAAUCCCGAAGGGGAGACGCAGUGGCUGCUAAUUCAUUUGUACUAUCUGUGCCUGCGUCAUUUGGCCAAUCCGACGAAGAAUUGGUGGAUUGAUACCAAGAAACGCACCAAGGGCCCUGUGGAAGCCUGGACAGAAAAGCACAUCUCGCCACUUGUUUCCGCGGACUCAUUGCAAGGCGUCAUGGACUGGAUUUCAACUCAAGAUGCCAAUGAGGAAAGAGCGUUGAAUGUGAAGAUCUCGCCCAAGACCGCCGAGAUCAUCGCCAGUAUACCCGUGGACGAAGAAUCACCACCAGUGUCCAUCUCAAUUUCUCUUCCGCCGGCGUAUCCUCUGCACCCCGCUCAAGUGGUCGGCCGCAGCCGCGUGCUGGUGGAUGAAAAGAAGUGGAAGAGCUGGCUCCUCACAAUUCAGGGAGUCAUCAUGUUCGCCAACGGGAACUUAGUGGACGGUCUGCUCGCCUUCCGGCGCAACGUGCAGGGUGCCCUCAAGGGCCAAAGUGAGUGUGCCAUCUGUUACUCUGUCAUCUCGACGGAUAUGCAGACCCCGAAUAAGCGGUGUGCCACCUGCAAGAACACCUUCCAUUCGGUGUGCUUGUUCCGCUGGUUCAAGAGCAGCAACCAGAGCACCUGUCCUCUCUGCCGUAACAACUUUGUAGGCCGUGGGCGCGGUAGCAGCAGCAGUGAUGGGCCCGAAAACAGUCAGGCUGGCCGAGUCACGGGAAAAGACCGCAUUGUUCAAAGCACUGACGGUGACGCGAGCGUCUCACGUCUCAGUGCGGUUCAGCUGGGGUACCUGAAUGACCCAUUUGCUGUAGCGUUGACGCCGCCCAAUUCUGCACAAAGAAGACUUCCUAUCAUAAAUCGAGGCACUUAUGUCCGCACUGUUGCAAUUGAUCAACUGGUCGAUCGCUUCCUCAAUGACCCUUCCUCUACCGGAAGCCACUGCAAAAAGCAGAUCAUUUCACUUGGAGCAGGCUCAGAUACUCGCGUCUUCCGGCUAUUCGCGAAAAGCGAUUACUCAUCACGCAUAAUUUACCAUGAGAUCGAUUUCGCUGUCAACACUUCUGCGAAGAUUCGCACCAUCCGCUCGACUCCACAAUUACAAAGAGCGUUGGGUAUCGAAGAAACGAGAGACAACGUCAGUAUCUCGGAUGCAGGCGAUGCGCUUCAUUCUCCUUCUUACCAUAUCCACCCGUGCGACUUGCGAUCUCUCAAGGCGGACCCUUCGGUAACGGAAUCGCUUCUGGGUAUCGAUCGGGGACUGCCGACAUUGCUGAUUUCAGAAUGUUGUUUGAUAUAUCUCCUGCCCUCGGAGGCGGUUCAGGUAUUGACAUUCUUCACUGGGCACCUUUUCGGUUCGCCACAAGGGUCUUCUGAGAAGGGAGAGCUGCAGCGUGGAUGUGCAAAGACUGUGCCGCUGGGGUUAAUCUUAUACGAACCAAUCCGACCCAAUGACGCCUUUGGCCGGACAAUGGUGUCCAAUCUUGCAACGCGCGGGAUCCAGUUGCAGACCCUCCACAAGUAUUCAUCCUUAGGGGCCCAGCGAGUUCGAUUACUGGAACAAGGCUUCCGGGCUGGUCAGGCAGCGGCCGAUAUUGACUUUAUUUGGGAGUGGUGGGUGAGUGAAGAGGAGAAGGGACGUGUUGCCGGUCUUGAAAUGCUUGAUGAGAUGGAGGAGUGGAAGUUACUUGCUCAGCACUAUUGUGUCUCCUGGGGAUGGAGAGAUGGAGACGACUCUGCAGUCUUUGAUGGCUGGAAAACAGUGCCAGCGCAGAGUGGAGACUGA